AUGGGGUCCACCUGGCUGACUGUUGUCAUGGUGAUGGUGAUGAUGGCGUAUGCGGACGUCAAGCCACAGAAAGACUUCAACUUGCAAAGGUUUGCAGGUAAGUGGUAUCGUGUGGGACUGGCCUACGACUCUCCAUCCUUUGCCCCGUACAGACACCUGCUGACCGCGGCCAUGGGCAUGAUCACUCCACUGCCCAACGGGAACGUCAACCUCACCAUGUGGGAGCAAACGCCUGUUGGCUGCGUGACCAACACGCACCAUUAUGAAGCGACCAGCGUGCCGGGACAGUUCACGUACUUCAGCACAAGACACAGUAUUGUGAAGGACAUCACAGUGGUGGACACAAACUACUCGGAGUACGCCAUCGUCCUCAAGCAUAAAGUGUUCAACCGCGAGUACACCCAGGUGGCUCUGUACGCCCGCAGUUUGAAAGUGAAAAAUGAAGUUUAUCAGAAGUACAAAGCAUUUGCUCUGUCUCGCCAACUCCCCAGGGACUCCAUCCUCACGCCAGGUCCUGCAGUGAGCUGCCCAGCCAGUGGAUAUUAG